UAAAAAACUCUUUGAUUUUGUUAACAAAAAAUCCGCCGAUGCGCUGAAUGUUUUGAAUAAGAAAUUCGAUUUUGAAGCGUGGAAUAGUUUGAUACGAAGCACAUUAAUAAGUCUCCAAAUAUUUAACCGUCGUCGGGCUGGAGAAAUAGAACGAUUGAGCAUUGAAAAUUAUAACACCGCUCAUGCAAUGGAAGAAAAUAUAGACAAAGAUGUUCUAAAUAAACUGACAGCUAAAACGAAACAAAUUGCAAUGCAAUACAAAAGGUUGACUCUUCGAGGAAAAUUAAAUAGAACAGUGUCAGUACUUCUUACUCCCUUUGAUUGUUUUUGUAUCGAUAUGAUCCUCAAACACCGCAGCGAAGCUGGUGUCGAUGAAAAAAAUUGUUACAUAUUCAGCGUUGCAAGCCCGAAAUCACUUGGGAAAGAGUACAUUCGUGCUUGCCCAAUUUUAAAACAAUUUGCUUAUGAAUGUGGUGCCAGCUGCCCAGAAGCCUUGAGGGGCACAAUGCUUCGCAAACAUUUAGCAACAUACACUUCUAUGCUAAAUGUUGAAGAUAUUCAGAUAGACCGACUCGCGAAUUUUAUGGGCCAUCAUAAAGAAAUACAUAAAAAUAUUUACCGUGUCCCCGCUACAAUUGCGGAAAUUACAGAAGUGUCCCAAAUGUUAAUGGCAGCCAUUGGGAAUAGCCCCGAACGGAAUAAUAAGAACCCAAAGCCCGCAGGUGAACUUUAUGAGAAAGAUAAUUGUGCACAAGACAUCGAAAAUGAAGCUGAACCUUUUGAGGAUUCUGGAUCCGAAUACAUCGACGAAAAUGAGUCUGAAAAGUCAAAAGAGGAAAUAGUUGAGUCGCAGCCAAAUCGAAAACGCCGCAGUACAUCUCCUUUUGGAAAGACACAACGCAUUCGUUGGUCGCCACCUGAGCGAAAAGAGAUGGAAGAGGCUUUCGGCAAUUUCAAAUCGUUGAAAAGAUUACCUAGUUUGGCAGAGUGCAAUAGGGUUAUUGCUGCAUCUCAAUAUUUAAAGCGUCGUACUCCAGCACAGCUUAAGUCAUGGAUUGACAAUCAGCGAAAGGCUGAGUCAAGAAAAAAAUCAAAAUAAUUUUAUAAAAAGAAUUGCAUUACGGAAAUGCUAAAACAAAAAUUAGU